AGCAGCGAGCGGUGCCUUUCCUCCCCGCCUUCCCGGCGCUCAGGGACCUUGGAAAAGACGCCCCCAGAGUCCGCUCAGCCCUUCCUCCGGGUCCGGGGCGCCUCCCCGAGGUCGGCCGUGGCGGCGGCGGCGGCUCCUGCUCUCGCAGUCACUCCCGCAUGGAGAGCUCGGCGGAGGGAGGAGGAGGAGCCGCCGCUGCAGCCGCCGUCAGCCCGGCCGACAUGGCAGCCUUGCACGCAGCCAAGCGCGCCCUGCGAGCGGAGCUGAAGCGCCGCCUGAAAGGGCUGAGCGAAGCCGAGAAGCUGCGCCAGUCGCGCCUGCUGGCCGGCAAGGUGAUGGCCCAUCCUCGCUACCUCGGUUCCCAGCGCAUCGCGGUCUUCCUGAGCAUGCCAGACGAGGUCCGGACCAACGAAAUCAUUAAAGACAUUUUCCAGAAAGGCAAAGAAUGUUUCAUUCCAUGGUACAAGCCCCAAAGCAGCCACAUGGACAUGGUCAAGCUAGCUUCCUAUGAAGAAAUUGCAGAGCUUCCUCUGACCUCCUGGAAUAUCCAUCAACCCGCUGAAGACGACGUGCGGGAAGAUGCAUUGGCAGUGGCGGGUGGUCUGGAUCUCAUCCUGAUGCCGGGACUUGGUUUUGACAAAUCGGGGAACAGGCUGGGAAGAGGAAAAGGGUAUUAUGAUACCUACCUCCAACGUUGCCUGCAGCAUCCGAAAGGAAAACCGUACACAAUUGCCUUAGCUUUCCAAGAACAGGUAUGCCCUAGGGUCCCUGUGUCUGAAACGGAUAUGAGAGUGGAUGAAAUCCUUUUCGAAGACUCCAAACAAGAACUUUGAUGAGUGACCGAUCAUUGCUUUUCAUGGAAUUUCUGGACUGCUUCAUUCACACCUAUUUUUUUUUAUUUGCAUUUAUUUCCCGCCCUUCUCCGAAGACUCAGGGCGGCUUACACUAUGUUAGCAAUCGUCUUCAUCCUAUUUGUAUAUUUAUAUACAAAGUCAACUUAUUGCCCCCAACAAUCUGGGUCCUCAUUUUACCUACCUUAUAAAGGAUGGAAGGCUGAGUCAACCUUGGGCCUGGUGGGACUAGAACCUGCAGUAAUUGCAGGCAGCUGUGUUAAUAACAGACUGCAUUAGCAGUCUGAGCCACUGACGAUGGGGAGGUUCUAUGAUGAACUUCUGCCAAUAUCUUUGUUAUCUCAACUCUGUAGCUGUGUUGAGGAUGGUUACAGCUACCAGUUUCUUCUGCCUAUAAAGAUGCAACAAAUCAUGUCUCUAGAUCCAGGAUGGCGAAACCUAUGGCAUGCAUGCCACAGAUAGCACAUGGAGCCAUAUUUGCGGGCACUUGAGCCGUUGCCCUGGCUCAGCUCCAGUGUGCAUGUGCCGGCCAGCUAAUUUUUGGCAGGCCCACCCACACUGCCCCUCCCCUCCCAGGAGUCUCCACACAGCCCUUUUUGGAUGCCAGGUGAAUAAAGGCUCUGGGAGGGCGUUUUCGGCUUCCAGAGGGCUUCUGGGAGGUGUUGGGGGAGGCAAUUUUCGCCCUCCCCAGGCUUCAAGAAAGCCAAUGGAACCUGAAGAGGGCAAAAAACGGGCCUACCAGAAGUCUGGAAAAAGGCCCAAAAUGGGGCACAAGGGGGUUGUGCCUGCAUGUGCGGGGGGGAGGGGGCGUCCGCGCAUGCAGGGGGGCAUUGAAUUAUGGGUGUGUGCACAUGCGAUCCCUCCCACGAUCCCCCCACUUUUGGCCCGCGGCGGCAAAAAAACUGCUCUAGAUGAUGCACAUAACACACGUGUGGAUUGCCUAUUUAUGUUUUCUAAACAAUUGGUGUGAUUUGGGUAGAGUUUCUUUUGAGGGAGACUCAUGAGAAAUACAUGAUCCAGAUGGUGAGUGAACCACCAGCAAGAAUACUAAGAGGUUUUUAUGGAGAAAAAGAGUAAUAUUCUAUAGACAUUGUGAAGGUGCUAUUUUAGAAAUUCGUUGAGCAAGAUGGCUUCAGUUAUCCCCAAUGGGUUUAUCCUCCAGAUGUAUGGACUUCUGGAAUUCUCCAGUAAGCAUGGCCAUUGCUGAAAAAGCUGGAAGUCCAAGAUCCACAUAUUUGGAGGUGCCCAGAUUAAUGAAGGCUGCCCCUCCCCUGCCAAAAUCCCUUCCUGAAAUAUUAGCCAGCGGGAUUAAGAGAAUAUGACUUUCUCACCUGAAUAGUGCCUUCCUACACAUAUUUAAGGGAUGUGGUAGCUCAGCGGCUAAGAUGCUGAGCUUGUCGAUUGAAAGGUCGGCAGUUCAGUGGUUCGAAUCCCUAGUGCUGUGUAAGGGGGUGCCCUCCCAUUACUUGUCCCAGCUUCUGCCAACCUAGCAGUUCGAAAGCAGGUAAAAAAUGCAAGUAGAAAAAUAGGGACCACCUUUGGUGGGAAGGUAACAGCGUUCCGUGCACCUUUGGUGUUUAGUCAUGCUGGCCACAUGACCACGGAGACGUCUUCGGACAAUGCUGGCUCUUUGGCUUUGAAACGGAGAUAGCAAAGCCCCCUAGAGUCAGGAACGACUAGCACAUAUGUGUGAGGGGAACUUUUACCUUUACAGAUAUUUUGGGCCACUCUUCUAGAGCAGGAAUCUCCAAACUUAGGAAUUUUAACACUUGCGGACUGGUUAAACUGCCUGAGGAAUUCUGGGAGUUGAAAUCCACAAGUCUUAAAAAUGCUAAGUUUGAAGAUCCCUGUUCUAGAAGUUGAAUACAAGAAACAGGAAAGGAAGUCUUACAAUGGUCUUAUCUUCAAGAUAUUACAUGUUAGAGGACGACUUCCGGUGUCCAGCGGCAACGGACGUCUGGAAGGCUUCUCCUGCCUCCAGUGCCCGAAUCCGGCCGCCGCCGAGGCCCUCAGGGGCCAGGUGUUCCGAAAAGGACACCUGCCGCACGGACGGCUCGCCAGGGGUCUCCCAGCCGACAUACAGGACUGUGGGGACCGAUGCUGGCGCGUCCUAGGCUUGGCGGGGUUUGGAGGCCACAGGCCGCGGCCAUUAUUUUGGUCGUCGCCUGGGCCGCUGUGCCCGGUGACACCGGGGCAUUGGAUUUAUAACUGCAGCAGCCUGGUGGUGAACAGGGAACGGAGAAGAAUUGAGGAGGAGAA